AUGGAUCGAAGUGAAAUUUCGUUUGAAAAUAUGACUUUCCUUGAGUGGAAUGGCUCAAUGGGCGAUGAACUAAACAUGCCCCAUUUGGACUUAGAAGUGUUCUAUAGACCCGACAUAGUGAUCAUCGCGCUGUACGUGGGUGUGCUGACCGCAUCCCUAUCUGCCAACACGCUGCUAAUAUUCGUCGUCAUCAAGUUCCAAUACAUGCGAAACGUAACAAACAUUUUCCUUGUGAACCUUUCGGUUGCUGAUCUCCUGGUGACCUUGUUCUGCAUGCCAGUGCAGAUUGCCAAGUCAGUGACCCUGCUGUGGUACUUCGGUGAGGUCAUGUGCAAAACCGUCAAUUUCCUUCAAGGAGUGGCGGUAGCUUCUAGCGUCUUCACCAUAACAGCCAUGUCAGUAGAUCGGUACUUGGCGAUCACUCAGUCCCUUCGGCAACCUUGGAUGCCGUCGCGACGUGGCGCGUGCGGACUUCUUGUUUGUCUCUGGCUGAUUGCUCUGGCCAUCUUCGCGCCGCUGCUUGCUGUGGCGGCAGUUGAACGGGAACGGGUACCAUCUUUGUCCAGAACAAAAAAUGGAUCGCAAAUUUUAGUGGAGAGAACUAUAGAGUUCUGCACUGAGAAAUGGCCUGACUCCAUCAAGAAGGAAUUGUAUGGUGCUUUCAGCUUCAUUCUGGUCUACGCUGUUCCCGGAUGUAUCGUGGUGGUCUCUUAUUCUCUGAUGGGCCGGCGGCUGUGCUCCGUGCUGCCACCUUUCGAUCAAACUGAAGGCAGUGCUAACAGUCAACAGCGCCUUCGGCUGGUGCGAGAGAGGAAGCGUGUGGCGCUGAUCCUCCUGCUCCUGGCCGUCCUGUUCGCGCUGUGCUGGCUCCCGUACAACAUCCUGCAGCUCCUCGUCGACGUGAACGCUGUGCAGGUGGACUCGGUUUCGCUGGUGCUGCCCUACACUCUGCUGCUGGGGCACGCGAAUUCGGCAAUCAACCCGAUAGUGUACUGCCUAAUGACGCGCAACUUCAGGCGUUCCCUGCGCAAGCUGAUUUGUCACGAUCCUGGUAACAUAAACUCUAAUACUCAUUUCCAUGUGAGUUCACACACGUUCAGUCGUUUAUCACUAACGAGUUACUGGAACUCUCCACUAACACUAAUUGUAUUAACGUGUUUUGCAGCCAAUGUUUCGAAGGCUAGAGAAGGGUAA